AGUUGGCCUGUAUUUAAAACCAUUAUGAUCAGUAGUAAGAAGAUGAGGACAUACCAUUUCCAUUAAGAAUGGGAAGAACAAUAUUACUUUACAGAAUUGAAAGCUGGAUGAAUCCACACAUGUCGUUGACACCGCUCAGAUGGCCGUGUUCGUCAGGAUGGUUUUUAGUGAUUUUACGAUUAAAGAAGAUAUUUUGAAGUUUAUUGCACUAAAAAGACUCCUGAGCAGGACUUGUUUUAUUCUUUUAAAAAUAUUAUUUCUUCUGAGAAAAUUCCAAUAUCGAAAAUGGAAGGCUUGACAACCGAUGGCGCUCCAUCUAUGGUGGGUCGUGAUAAGGG